GUUUCACACUUGUCUCUGAUAAGCAGCGAUUUUUUUUUUUUGAUUUUCUGCUGUAAUUUUAUCGACCGCUCACUGCUCUGUUAUAAAUAGCCGCAAUCGCGAUAUUUUAUUGUCAUUCAGUUUUGGCAACAGCUCCGAACAUUACAAUUUCCGGCUAAAAACUUAUCUAAAAAUUAAAGCUUAAUCUCAACUUUAGUUAAUUUUUUAUUGUAAAAAAAAAAAUAAUAAUAAUAAAUCCGAUAUGUACUCGCGCGUAAUGUGUUUGGCUUCGAUUGCCCUAUUUGCCAUUUUGGCAAAUGCUGUUGUAAAUGCUGGUGUCGCUAGAGAUAGCGAUAACCUAACACAGCAAGAAGUACGUGACAUUACGGUUGUCAAGGAUAUCGCUGAAUUCAAGAAGAACCAUCCAGGCUUGGUUUUGGCGCGUAUGACAAAGGAGGAAGGCAAUGCGAGGAGCCAAUCGGUGCGCUACAGUCUAGGCGGUCGUGUGUCAGGU